AUGGUACUUGAAAUUCAAGGAAAUCGAGAAUUGGUUUUAAAACAAUACAAUCAAUCUAUUGACGAUGUUCGACAAUGUAUUGAUAUUGUAUUAGAGUGGAUGAAAAAACAACCACAAAUCCCUAUUGACUCUUACGAUGAAAACGUCUUAAAUAGAAUUAUCGAAAGUCAUUUAAUACUUAAUAAGUUUAGUAUUGAAAAGACAAAAUCGAAAAUUGAUUUAUAUUACGCCUGUCGAAAUUAUUUCCCAGAAUUUUUUGAUAAUUGGGAUCCAUCAACACCAGAAAUUGAAUUAUCAUUAAAAACAUGCAUGUAUUUAACGUUACCAAAAGUCACACCAGAUUUGUAUCGCAUAUCAAUUGUCCGUGUGUUCGAUUCGAAUGAUAAAAAUUUUUUCGUGAUACCAUAUUAUAAAACCAUAUUAAUGAGUAUACAAAUUCGUUACCUAUGCGAUUUUACAAUUGGUGAAAAUAUCAUCUUUGAUUUGCGCAAUACAACUUUUGGUUAUUUCAAGCAAUUUACUUUACCUGUGAUGAAGAAGGCAUUUGUUAUUUUAAUGAAAGCUUACAGUGCGAGAGUUGGAAGUUUACAUUUUGUAUUUGCACCAUCAACAUUUAAUGCAUUUUUGAAUAUUAUGAAAUCGAUAAUGUUGCCGAAAUUACAAGAAAGGGUAUUUGUACACAAAGAUUUAGCAUCUUUACAUAAACAUUUUCCAACGGAAUAUUUACCACAAGAAUAUGGUGGAACUGAACCUUCAGUUGAAGAAUUACAAGAGAAAUGGAUUGAAGAAUUUAAAAAGCAUCGUUCAUAUUUAAUGAAUGAAGUAAAAAUGCGAACCAAUGAAUCCAAACGUAUGAAAAAAUUGAAUGAUGACACAUUCUUUGGAUCAAUGCAUGGAUCAUUUAAAAAAUUGAAUGUAGUUCACACGUUGCCUCAACUGUAA